AUGUCUACCAACCGCGCCGUCGACGGAGCAAACGGCAUGCAGGACGGCGCCUCGGCGGCGCUCAAGACGGCCGACCUCGGCAGCGGGAUCCACGAGGACGUCAGCAAGAGGGAAAACCACCCGUCCGGCCACACCCCGGCCUUUGACGCCGCCGGCACGGUCGGCAAGGAGUUCACCGCCGAGGGCAAGAUCGGGGCCGCGGCGCAGAAGCUCGGCGGCCCGUUCAAGGAGACGGGCAGCAUCGGCAAGCAGUUCACCGAGCAGGGGGCCGUCGGCGCCAACGUCCAGGAGCAUCUCGGCUCGGGCUCGAAAUGA